AUGCCUACUUCCAACAACUCCCUCGAAUUUGUUAUGGACAAGCACUGUGAAAUGGUCAGUCACAGCGGUUCUGCAGACCAAACCCAGUUUUCUGGAAUUGCUUUCAACCCCUUGUGCGAUUUCAACCAAGAGAUUGUUGACGAAAUGCAUGGAGAAGUUGUACUCCGAUCUGUGACAGAUGUCUUUGUCAACCAUGCCGAUAUGGAAUGGACUCGUACCUCGGCCGGAAACCCAGCAGUCACAAACCUCCUCAGUCUCAAAAGUUUCCUGCCAACCGAAGUCAACAAGGCCACAACCAAGACAAUUGUUGCACAGAAGCUGAAGACGAAUCUGUUGGAGAAGGUCGAUCCUGAUUCUGUUCCCACUGCAGAAAGCAUAGGUCGAGGUUCAUACCGAAAGUACAACCAAAACCAGGUGAACAAGCUCUUCUCCUUGGUUUUCUCAGAAAACCAGACUGCUGCUGCCGCUGCCAGGGAAACGGGGAUCAAUGUCCGGACUGCCCAGAACUAUGUCAGGCUGGCCAGAGAGAAGAUCCAGGCUGAUUUUGAUGCUGCCACAGUGGAGACUGAUGAGUCCAAUGGGCUGGAGACGAUGGAGGUUGAGGAGGUUUCUGCGCCUAAAGAACGAAAACAUGGCAACCAAAAGUUGUUCCAGGCGCACUCUGCUUUUUUUUUGAAGUUUUUCGAAAAUAAACCAGAUGCUACCUUGGAACAAGCAAGGAUAGCUGUCAUGGAAGAGUUCUCUGGGCUGCAGAUUACCAAAUCAGCAAUCCAGAAGCACUUGGUGAAGAAGUGUGCCCUGACGAUGAAGAAGUUGGAGAAGCUGCCUGAGAAGAGAGACAACUGGCAACAACUUGCAGAUUUCAACUAUCUGUCGAACUGUGUGUUCAUCAAUGAAGCAGGCUUCAACAUGCACAUCAAGAGAACUUUUGGCUGUUCCGUCAGUGGCACCCCGGCUAAGACAACUGUCCCGAUGCAGAGAGGUGUGUCCAUCACCAUCCUUGGUGCAAUGUGCGAGAGAGGGAUUGUCAACCUCUCGUUGAAGAAACCCACUGCAGUUGCAACCAAGAAGAAGAGAAAGUUGGACAUCUACACCAACAUUGAGGUGAACGGCCGAAUUGGCACCAGAACCCAGCACUACCUCGACUUUCUUAGUCAUACAAUGGACAGAGCAAAAGCUUUAAGUAUGUCUUUUAUGUCUAUUUAA